GCGACGCGACCCAGGCACCAACGAGAGAGCACGCACCACCGGCGGCACCCACGCUCGGGCACGGGGGCGCACGACACGACGAGAAAAGGACGCCACCCGGCCACCUCCUCGGCUCCUCCCCCUCGUGGUCUCCUCCUCCGCCCACACCCAAAAAGCUCUAGGGAAACCUCCUGGUGCCGGAUCGGAUCGGGGAUGUGGGAGUCGGUGGCGCUCACGCUGGCCGGCGCCGCCGGCAACAGCAUCGGCAAGGUCCUCCAGAAGAAGGGCACCCACAUCCUCCCUCCCCUCUCCUUCAAGCUCAAGGUCAUACGGGGCUACGCGCUCAACAGGCUCUGGAUCAGCGGCUUCCUCCUCGACAUGUGCGGCGCCGCCCUCAUGCUCACCGCGCUCUCGCAGGCGCCGGUCUCUGUCGUGCAGCCGAUUGCCGGCUGCGGCCUCGCCAUACUCUGCGUUUUCUCCCACUUUUACCUCAAGGAGGUCAUGAAUGGCCUCGAUUGGAUUGCCAUCACAAUGGCUGGUCUCGGCACCAUAGGAGUCGGUGUCGGAGGGGAGGAGCAGAAAGUGGAAGAGAUCCCCCUUUUCAGUAUACCUUGGCUGGUGCUCACCGUUGUCAUCUUGUUUGUUCUGCUCAACACUUGGCUUCAUAUCUACAAAAAGCAGAGGCGCGAACAAGAGUUGACUGGACCUGAAGUGAUCGAGGAGGUCAUAUACGGCUUAGAAUCAGGCAUUUUGUUUGGGAUUUCAUCAGUGAUCUCUAAGAUGGGAUUCGUGAUGUCUGAAAUGGGCUUUCCGAAGAUUGUUGUGCCAGCUGCCAUUUCUUGUAGUGUGGCCUGCAGUGCCGUGGGAUUUGUUUACCAGACUCGAGGUCUCAAGCAUGGGAGGGCAAUUGUUGUGUCCACAUGUACAUCAGUGGCAUCUAUUGUGUCUGGUGUUGUGGCUGGUAUGGUUGCACUUGACGAACAUCUGCCGACAGCUCCCGCAGGACGUUUUUUUCUCUUGCUUGGAUGGUUCUUCAUUAUUACGGGGGUGAUACUACUUGUUACUUCAACCGGAGUGAUUGCGCGCCUACCUAAGCCUGUGCAGAAGUUUUUGAAGAGUAAUAUGGAGCGUUCGCACAGCAUCAGGAGGCCUGGAUCAGCCCGAGGGAAGGAUUCCAACCAAAGCACAACAAUCCAUGCCUCGACAUUACAUAUACUAACCUCUACAGGGAAAGAGAAGGCCUAGAGGUGCUACUGGAGCAUGACUGUCUUAACACCUUUGAUGGGUCCAAUCACUAAUGUGAAUGUACAAGUCUAGAGUAGCAUCUCAAAAGUUUGGGCUGGCUGCUCAUAUACUGACUGCCCUUAUAGAUCUAACAGCAACAGAAGUUCGUAAAAUCUGCUGUGAAUUUUGAUCAAGUUACAUACCUUCCUGUGGUCAGUUGUAAGUGGUAUAUUAGUUUGUUCUCUUCCCUUUCGAA